UUCCUUAGCAACGCUUUGAUGUCAAAUCAUAAAGUUCAUGUGCAUUAAAAAUGUUUUUAAAAUAAAUGUUACCUCAAAUAAGUAUACGCGUGUGUUGUAAAAUUGUAUUUCUUCUUUCAUGAUAAAAACAAGUCUUUAUUAAAAACAACAAUCAGAAAAAAAUGUUUCUGACGAAUAUUGCAAAUCUUUCGCCAGAAAUAUCAAGGAAUUCAUUUAAUUUUGAAGAUAAUUUAACUUACAUUGAUGAAGAAUUUCCAAGUGAUAUUGUGUUUCCUCAUUCACUCAAUACGUUUCUACGAAAAAAAAUUCAAGAAAUUACAUCAGAGAAUGGUUGUUUACAAAAAUCAUUACAAGAUGCAGAAGAAAAAUUAGAAACUUUAUUACAAUCAUCGACUAAUAUUUCUGAAAAUUCAUUUUCAUCAGAAACGAAAAAUAAAGUAAAUUCUAAAGAAGCAAUUUUUCAAAGUGAAAUAAUUAAUAAAAUGGAGUCUAAAUCUUUUUGUAAGGAUACAACAUUUAAGGAAAAUAAAUUAUAUCAAAAUCUAAAGAGACAACUUUCAAGAAAGAAUGAUCAGAUUAAAAUACUAAAUGAUAAAUUAGAUCAGACAAAUGAUGAUAUUCUGGUAUUGAAAAAUAUGAAUUUAACUUUAAAGCAAGAAGUCACUAAAGCUCAAAAAGGAUCAUUUUAUCGAAAAACAAUAGUAGAUGAAGAUUUACGAAAUUUGGAGAAAAAACGAAAACAGCAAAUUGAAAAUUUAACAAAAGAAUUAAAAGAAUUGGAAAUUUCUUUUGAAAAUAUGAAAAUAAAAUUGAGUGCAUCUAAAGCAAGAAUAAAAAUGUUGGAGAAUGAAUUAAUUGGCGCAAAAAAAAAUAUUGCGCUGUUAAAUGAAAAGAAAAUUUAUAAUGAUCAAUUAAUAGAAGAAUUAAAUAGUAAAUUAAAAUAUACAAAAAAUGAGUUAUUAAAUAGCGAGGUUGAUAUACAAAAUCAAAAGAUUAAGUUUGAUCGUGAAAAAGAUGCUAUGAAAAAUGAAUUAGAAAGUUUGCAGGUUCAAAAUAAUCAACUUCGACAAAAAUUAGAGGAAUGUUAAAAAAACACGACGAAUUUGUUAAAUUUAGUCAGGAAUUGUAUGUAUAUAAUAAAUG